AUGGGGUGAAUAGCGUGUGCAGGAAGCCCUGCGUGCGCUACAUAUGACAAACCACAUUACUGCCUGGGUAGCAGACAGCCCAAGCUAGGCCACCCCAAGGCCCCCAGCCAGAGAGCAACACUGCAGCUGAGUUACCGUGCUUACUCAGAUAGUCAUAAUUGGAUAAUGAACAUAUAAAUAGUGUUUUCAUGUGAUCCACUGUAGGUUGGGCGUUGGGGUAAACAACACAGUGGGCUGGGUAAACAUACCGUACCUGGCUGCCUUGCUACCUGGCUGCCUGGCUACCUGGCUGCCUGGCUGCCUUGCUGCCUGGCUACCUGGGUACCUGGCUACCUUUGUUUUAGCCUGGAGGAAAGUAUGUCCAUGACACAAGGAGCCUUAUUAGCUACGUUUCCUGCAUUGCAUAGUCCGUUUAUUUGGAUGUUUUCACAUGUUUUGGUCAGAUAUUUUGUCAGACAUGGUUCAUAAUGCUGCAUCUCUAGGUUUUAACUUUCACUCCUCAUUAGUCCUACCCUGUCUCUGAGCACAUCAUUAUGUCUGGAGGAAUCCCUCCUGGCCUGUUCACCUAUAUGGAAGAGAAGGAGCCAGGUACUAUAACCAUGUUGUAACUGCUGCUGCCCUACAUACAGCAUGUCGACAUGAAAACUGUGUAAGAGGACAACUGGACAUGGCUCUGUCAUGUCAGCUCAACAUAUAGUAGAUGACUAUUAACAAUGACAAUGUCCCCAUCUUCUCCAUGUCUAGGUGAUUCAAGCUUGGUCUGCAGUGACAUCCAUCCCCUUCACCCUAUUGGUCUUCUAUACCAUGAGCUCUGGCUCUGCCCAGGAUGUGGCGGUGGAGCAUUUCUUGCGUGACAUAGAGAGGAGGGGCAAGCGGCUACAUUGCGCUGUGAUUGGCUGCGAGGAGGAGCAGUGUCCCCGCGGCGACAUGAACCUGCUGUAUCGUAAGAGCCGACUGGACUGGAGGCACAAGGACCAGGAGGGCAAUAAGAAGAGGUGAGGAGAGGUGAACUGAAGAGAUGGAAUUAGAUUAUUCAGUUCAGUUCAAUUGUAAAUCUCUGAACUGAUGUGGAAGAGUUUUAUUGUUCAUAUUUUAUGUGUAACCUCUUAAUUGUCAUCCUAAGGGGAGUGGGGGCAUGUAGAAAGGAAGUAGAGAAACAAGAGAUGAGAGGAACAGAAGAUGGGAAGAGAGGAGCUUUAUGGCCUUUAUUAUAGGGACAAUGUGGCCCAUUGGUGUCUAUGUAGAUUAUGGCAAGCACAAACACUUCCACACCCGCAGGCGCACACACACAUAUACCCACAGGCACACUUAAAGACACACACACACACACACACACACACACACAGCUCUGCUCUUGGCUUUUCUUCACAUAAUGCAAUGAGACAGAAAACAGUUGCAUCUCUGUUCUCCAUGAUGAACAUGCUCAGUGCAGUUUCCGCUGCCUGCGCUAGCUUCCCUCCUCUCAAUAGGAAGGUGCACGCUCACAUUGUGACCUAAAAACAAGGCCUACAUUUGGGUGUGUAGUUUGUUACGUUUUAUUGCUCUUGCUUCCUCUACCUCAAACAAACAAGGCAACAUGCACUCAGGGAUCGCUCACAUGCAAUAACCUCCUAAAUGAGGCCUUUGAUUGCAUGCUCGGAAGCACAACAUCUCCUCCUCCUCUCCUCACACACGUAGAGACCCAGUUACCCAGGCUCUCUCUCUCUCUCUCUCUCUCUCUCUCUCUCUCUCUCUCUCUCUCUCUCUCUCUCUCUCUCUCUCUCUCUCUCACACACACACACACACACCAGACACACACACAGAUGUGUGCACCCACACACUCAGCUCCCACUCGUUCCCAGCAGGGAAACAAAAAGGCGGUCGUUGCCUCCAGAUCCAUUCCUCCGGUCCUGCUAGAGAAGUCAGAUCCCACCCCUUCAUCCCCUCUUUCCUUCCUCACCUCUCCUCUCCACAGUGGAACAGGAUCAAUAGAUACCUCAUGUGUAAUAGGAAUCAGAGAAACAGGUUGAAAAGGUCACGAGCCAUAGCUGACACUCGUCUUUUUAUGUACUGUGCCAGACAGCCAAUCAUUUCCUUCUAGAUGGUUGUAGCAGUAUCAUUUCAGCUCUUUUCAUGGUAAUAGUUAUGCACAGUGUUUUUCUACAGACUAUAGCCACUGUUGUUACGGCUGAGUCACCUUUAUAAAGGUUCAUUUACAGAGCUAUACUGUAUAUUCUAUAUGUAAUAACUCCAGAUUUGGACCAUGUCAGCUGCAGCUCCCCAUCCCAUGUUAUUGCUCAUCAAGGUACACUGUUGUAUGGAUCCUGCUCCAAUUGAAUCAAUCAGUAGCUUUAUUGGUGAGAUAUUGAUUUUGGUUUCACUUAUUAGGAAACCAAAGAUGUUCUGAAUCUGUGGCGUUCAUGCAUGAUGGUAGUUUGGAUGCGGUCAUGAUGACCUUCAAAAGACCUUCAGGGAUUAUCCAUAUCAAGUUUUUGAAAGUAAAGUUGGCUUUAGAGAGCAAAUAAGCAAAUGGGGGCGGCAGGUAGCUUAGUGGUUAAGAGCGUUGUGCCAGUAACCGAAAGGUCGCUGGUUCUAAUCCCCGAGCCGACUAGGUGAAAAAAUCUGUCGAUGUGCCCUUGAGCAAGGCACUUAACCCUAAUUGCUCCUGUAAGUCGCUCUGGAUAAGAGCGUCUGCUAAAAAAAGUAAAAUAAGAAUUGAGUCAUCUGUUUAAUCAAAGGAACAGUACAGUACUUUAUACAUUCAACUCCGAUAUAUUUACUUUCAUCGAAGAAAACUCCAGUUGGAAUUUUUAUGCUGCACUGCCACACCUUUUUUCAGGCAAUAAAUAGCCAAAGAAAUUGCAGUUCUUUUGUGUGCUUGUUUGCAGUAUGUUUAGUACUGUACAUUGGCAAGCAAUACCAUGUGCAAUUUCAUGGGUUUUAAGACAAACCACUAAACCAAUAAACAGGCAAGUCAGUUGCCAUGGAAACAGAUCAAAUGCUUGGCAGAGGUCAUGAUGAGUGUAGUGUAGAGACAAGGUAAUAAAACAGAUAAAGAAUGAGUUAGAGAAACCCAGUGACACAGUGACGUACAUACAGGGAGAUUAUAGUCAGAGAGGAGUAGCUAGAUUUUGGGGAGUUCGAUUUUAGGGGAAGUAAUUUCCUUAUUGAAUGUGUUUGUGAGCUAGGGGAGCAGAUGUGGAGGGGUGGAAAUGGAAGAGUCCCUCCUCCACACACAAUACUGGCACGCACAGCUGCUGCACUGCCUCACCCAAUCUCUCAUCACUCACUCUCCAAUGGGAAACUACGCUCCUUGUGCCAUCCAUGCAUGAGCAGCAGUGUGUGUGUGUGAGUGUGUGAGUGACAGACAGACAGAGGAAGAGGAGUAGAGGACUGAAGCUAUUUAAAUAAUGUUUUUGAAGAGAAAAAGAAAAAGGGAGCAAGGAAGUAAAGGGGAGGGGCAACACAAUGGGGAAAUAAAUGAAGGUCCUUCACUGAGACGUGAUUAAGUGCUGAAUGAGGGAAUGCUGUUCUUCCUGUGUUUUCCAGCUCCAGCCAGAAGGACCCCUCCUCAGCCACGGUGGGCAAGGUCCGUGACCUGGCGUCCUUCCGACGCCACUUCCGCAUGGGCUUCAUGACCAUGCCUGCCUCCCAGGAUCUGUCCCCUCACUCCUGUGCCUCUGCUAUGGCCCCCCGCUCCCAGUCCUGCCACGCCGUGGGCGCUAGAGACACAGGUCUGGAGAACGGGGAGGAUUACUCUGACACCCAGUCACAGCACGGCGGCCGCUGCCCCCCUACCAAACCCAAACGACACCCCAGCACCCGCCUCAGCUCCUCCUCCUCAGACCCCAGAGCACCUCACGCCCUCCCGGACACCCCUCCGCCGCCCCUGCCCAAUCACUCGCAGGCCAAACACUCAGAGAAGAAGAAUGGUAGGCUAUGGCAACAGUUAUGAGGGCAGUGAAGUGGGGAAAUUUGGAAAUGUGGGUUAUUAUUAUUGUCCCUGUUGUGAUGAUUGAAAUAUCUCUAGUUCAUUGCUCUGUCUCUUUCCCCUGCAGCAAUGAAGAAGUCGGACUCAGGGGACAUGUCCAAGAAGGUGCCGCCUCUGAAGCCCAAACGAAGUCCCAGCACUCAGCUAUCGUUUGACCCCCCACCACCCCGCGUGCCCCCUCCUGCCACGCCUCUGCCCUUCCAGGGGGGUGAGGGUCAGCCCCAGGGGGAGGAGGGGGACGAUGAGCCUGUCUACAUAGAGAUGGUGGGACAGGUGUUCACCAGGGAGAGCCAGACUGCCACCCCUCAUCCUGUCACUCCUGUCGCCACCACGCCUGACUCAGACUCAGACCAGAGCGAGGCCAUCUAUGAGGAGAUGAAGUACCCGCUGCCAGAGGACAGAGAGGGACACAAACGCCUCCCUCUCAAACACGAGAGACUCAAAUCCUCCAAACACCACCACUCCUCCUCUGGCAUCUCUGCCCCUCUACCUCGCCCCUCCUCCUCCUCCCCCUCCUGUUCCAAACCUAAAGCCACAGUGUCCAUCUCCCACUCCUCGCCCCUCCCCUCCUCCACCUCCUCUACCCCUGUUCCCCAGCCACUCUCCUCCAGCCCACAACCCCCACGAGCCCCUACCCCCUAUCUCCUCCAGGGGAACAAAUCAGAGACAGAGUCCAACAGUAAGAUCCCGGCCCCCUUCCCCAACCUGCUGCAGCACCGGCCUCCGCUGCUCGCCUUCCCCCAGCCAGCUGCUGCCUCUAGCGGGGUUGGGGUCCAACACAAAGCUGCUGCUGCCAAACUGGGAACCAUCAGCAUCCAGACCUCCUCCAGUAUGACAACUCCAUCCAGCACCUCCUCCGCCACUACCACCCCCUCCUCCAACCUCCCCAUGCCCCUGUCAGGCUGUAAGGAGUCUAAGGAGAGAGACAAGCAGAGCAGAGACAGAGACAGAGACAGAGACAGAGACAGAGACAGCCAGCUUGACCCUGCACCGGGGCUAAGGGCCAGGAGCCACUCCACACCACUGCCCCCUUCCUCCAAGUCCACCUCCCCCUACUCCCACCAGCACCACCACCCCCACCACCGCCCCUCACACUACCACCACUACCGCAAGCCAGAUAGAGGAGACUCGCCCAACCCCAACACCAACAACAAGAAUGGCUCAGAAACCUCCUCCAAGUCCACUGCCCAGACCCAGACCCAGGGCUCUGGCAAGGAGGGCAAGUCUGUGAGCUUCUGCUUGAAGUCAGACAAAGGAGACAGGGAAAGGGACAGAGAGAGGGACAGGGACAGAGAGAGGGAAAGAGAUGGUCACAGGGACAAUCACAGAGACAGAGAAAGAGACAGAGACAGGGACAGUGACAGAGAGAGACACAGGGAGAGAGACAGAGAGCGAGACCGUGACAGGGACAGAGAAACAGGGUCCCACUCUACCUCCUCUCAGGCUGAGAGCACUCCCAUCACCAACAGCCAUUCAUCCCAGACCAGCACCAGUUCAACCCCAAUCCAGUCCUCCUCCACCUCCUCUCACUCUCGCCCUCACUCUCGCCCCCACCUCCAACGCUCCCACACCCCUCAUGGCCUGCCUGCCUACAAGCCCCCCUCCUCAGACAGCCCCCUGCUCUGGACCUACCCCUCAGUGGACUUCCGGAGACCCCCGGCGUACGACAGCCUGCGAGGAGGGUCUCAUCUGCCCUCCUUGCACCACCAGGGUCACAGUGAUGUGGCCUCCAAAAGCAGCACGGUGCCUGGGCCCGUCCAGGGGAAGGCUGCGUUCAUGCCCUGGGACAGCAGUGGCUUUGGAGACGACGGGUCCUACUGGCCCAUGCAGAGGAAACUCUCCUUCAGCCACGGCAGCCGAGAGACAGCGAGAGAAAGUAAGUUAACAUGUGCUGGGGGGCAUCAUGGGUUAGAAUUGAAUAUUGAAUUUUAUCAGAAGUUCCUCUCAUCCCUUAGAGGGAUAAUCAGACUAUUAGACUGUAAGUUAAGUGUAAUCUGUUACUAUACAGUCAAUAGACAAACAUUGUAUGUUUACUCAACAAUUCCCUUCUGUCAUUCCCCUCUCAAGAGGAUGAAGGGCGUGCAUGGAAUGGCAGUGCCGAUGCCCUCCUGAGGGUGGACAAGGAGGAGCUGGUCCCAGGGCAUCGAGGAGGAGGUGGAGGAGGAGGAGGCCACUCUGGGAUCCCAGUACGCUUCACUGGAGGGAGGGGGCUGGGCCACAGUGAGUCCCUGGCCGGGAUGGAGGGGGGGUCCUUGGGGUUCCGAGCCUUGCCUAGAGGGGGUCUCCCUCUCCCCUGCCAAACUUUCCCAGCCUAUCGCAAUGGAGGUAAGCACUAAGACACCUAGCACAGAUUCCUUCUAGCAGAAUCUUUCUAAGGGAAAGUGCUCUAAAGUAUGUCAAUGAUUUCACUUGCACACAAAAAGCGCGUUAGAAAAGAGACCACAUCAGCAGAUUUAUCUGAAGAUCCUAUUACCUGGAUUUCUUAAAUCCACACUCACAUCAUCAUUGUGUUAUGGUUUAAGAUCAUCAGUGGCAGCAUAGGGGAAAGGAUGGUAUGCAGUACUAGAGCUAUAUAUACACACAUAUACACAUACUUAUGCACAUAAUACCUCCCCCACAUGUACCAACGGUUGUACAUAUACACAUGUAAGAAUGCAAUGCAUUCGAUAUGCACAGCUGUUCUCCCUGACAACAUGAACUGCACAAUAACCAUAAUUGAUUUGUGGUUAUAGACAGGUGUAUGAACAGUGCUUGUUUUUUUCUGUGUUCCAGAACUGGGUCGAUUCGGCCGCUCAUCAUCCACCUCUGGGGUGAAGCAGGUGAGUGGAUGCGACGUUCAGAGGCAGAGCAGCCUGCCUCAUCGAGAGGCACUGAGUCAGGUGAAUAAUACCUAUUAUUAUAAUGACGAUGAUCUUUGGUAUUACUGUGAUUACUAUCAUUUGUACAAGUAGUAGUAUUGGAAUUAUUAUGAAGAAUAUGGCCAUUGUUAUUUUUCCCUGUGCUGAUAGCAACAACCCUCCUCCUGAGCUAUUUAUAGUGUGGAGAUAUGUUCAGUGAGCAGAAUAAGGUUGUGGCCAGCAGCCUUAAAUAAUAAGUCCAGGGGAGAGCGAUGCUCUAACUGACGUAUGCGGAGAUGCAGAGAUGUAAGGAGUAUUCUUCUCUACAGUGUUUUGGAGCAGUGAGCCGCUGUCCAAUAGCGUUGCGUUUUGCCCAGUCACUUGGCUGCACCUCAAAUGCUGACGCAGUUCAAGUGUGCUGUGCUGUGCUGCAGAGACUGUCUGCGUGUGCUGCCUGACCCUCCUUCGCACACAAUGGGGAGCAACAUGCUCGAAUAUGGUGUCACACUCCAUCUAGUGGCAGGCUAUGGUGCAACAUAUUCUUAUUGACGAUGUAGUGGUUGCUGGGCUUGGUCUUCAAUGCUCAAGUAAAAUGAAAUUAUAUUUGUAGAAAAAAACAGGUGUAGACUAACAGUGAAAUGCUUAUUUACGGGUCCUUUUCCAACAAUGCAGAGUUAAAGAUAAAGAUAAAAUAAAAAAUAGAAAUAGUGACACAAGGAAUAAAUACACAGUGAAUAACGAAUAACAAUAAUGAGUAAAAAUAACAUGGCUAUAUACAGGGAGUACCAGUAUCAAGUCGGUGUGCAGGGGUAUAAGGUAAUUGAGGUAGCUACAGUAUGUACAUAUAGGUAAAGGUCAAGUGACUAGGCAACAGGAUAGAUAAUAGACAGUAGCAGCAGCGUACACUACCGGUCAAAGGUUUUAGAACACCUACUCAUUCAAGGGUUUUUCUUUAUUUUUACUAUUUUUACUAUCAUCAAGGCAAAGGGUGGCUGUUUGAAUAUAUUUUGAUUUGUUUAACACUUUUUUGGGUUACUACAUGAUUCCAUAUGUGUCAUUUCAUAGUUUUGAUGUCUUCACUAUUAUUCUACAAUGUAGAAAAUAGUAAAAAUAAAGAAAAACCCUUGAAUGAGUAGGUGUUCUAAAACAUUUGACCGGUAGUGUAUGUGGUGAGUGUGAAAGUGUGUAGGUGUGUGUGAGUGUGGCAUCAGUAUGCAUGUGUGCGCAUGUUAUGUGUGUGUGGGCGUAUGUGUGUAUUGGGGUGUCAGUGUAAGUAUGUGUGAGUGUGUGGGUAGAGUCCAGUGUGUGUGCAUAGAGUCAGUGCAAGAGAGUUAGUGCAAAAAAGGGUCAAUGCAGGUAGUCCGGGUAGCAAUUUGAUGAGCUAUUUAGCAGUCUUAUUUAGCACUCUUAUGGCUUGGGGGUAGGAGCUGUUCAGGGAUUCAGUGCUACAACAAGGAUUCAGUGUUUACAGGGAUACAACAUGGAUGCAGUAUUCAUGCAUACCCCAGGUUAAAUUUAACGUAAUGUACUGAUACAAAUCCCCAAAUCAUGCAUCUUCCUUUAACUCCCCUCCUUUCUCCCUCUCUGUCCCUCUCUCUGUCCAGUUGCAUGGGCUUUCCCACUCCUCCCAGACACCCUGCAGUCCUAGUCUGUCUAGACAGCAGCAGCAGCUCCAGCUACAUCAGCAGCAGCUGCAGUUACAGCAACAGCUCCAGCAGCUGCAGCAGCAGCACCACCUCCAGCUGCAGUUCCAGCACCUGGCCCAGCUAGCCCAGGGACAGCCUCCCACCACUGGGGGUGCCGCCGCAUCCGCAGCCCAGACCCAGAGGGAUGGCAAGCUGCUGGAGGUCAUCGAGAGGAAGCGCUGCCUAUGCAAAGAGAUCAAGGCCCACCGGCGCCCGGACAAGAGCCUGUGUAAGCAGGACAGUAUGCCCAUCCUGCCCAGCUGGAGACGGACCCCUGAACCCCGCAAGACUGGUACGCCCCCCUGCCAGAGGCCCCAGGCCGUGGUGUGGGACACUGCCAUCUGA